AUGCUGCAACAUCAAAAAGCCAUACAACGGGUGAGAACUAAAGUAUCUUUUCCGGAUCUUAAGAUUGUAGGCACGAAGAUCAGGCAUACGGCGAAUGGAGGCGUAUUGAUCGAGGUUCCUGGUCCAGAUGGUAGCGAAAAAGCAGAUGCAUUAAGGAGAAAGGUGCAAGAAGCCCUUGGAGAUAAAGCGGUCGUCACCCGUCCAGUGAUAAAGGGCGAGCUUAGAAUUGUUGGCAUGGAUGAUUCUAUUACGGCCCAGGAGGUAGUUGAAGUCAUUGCAAUGGAAGGUGGAUGCCUCCCAGAGGAUGUAAAGGUAGGCCCAAUCAGGCCUAUAAGGAAUGGUCUUUACACAGUGUGGAUUCAAUGUCCGCUUGCGGCUGCUAUUCGUGCAUCAACGGGCAAUAAGAUCCGUAUCGGUUGGACGAUCGCGAGGAUUGAAUUAUUGAAGGCUAGGCCAAUUCAGUGCUAUAGAUGUUGGGAGCAAGGCCACUUGAUGAGUUCCUGUAAAUCGGCAAUAGAUCGCUCUGGUAUGUGCUAUCGUUGUGGUAAAACGGGGCAUUCCGUGCGCUCGUGCACUUCGGAGUUCAAUUGUGCAAUAUGCUCGUCACAGGGAAAAGAUUCUAAACAUAGAGUAGGAUCUAAUCUUUGUAAACCGGAUGUAGGCUCUAAGUCGGUUAGUAAGGAAACGGCGCGGAGGGCCGAAGCCAUGGAGACGGAUAAUGAGAUGAAGAUAGGUAUUUGUGCAAUUUCGGAGCCGCAGCGCGUUCCGGAUGAUAACCCGCAUUGGUUCUGUAGCAAAGACGGUUUAGCGGCUGUUUUCUGGCGGCCAUCGGCGAUUGACUGUGCAGGCUCAUUAAUAGUAAGUGUUAGAAAGAUUAGCAAUAAAAUAGUAAUUUGUGGGGAUUUUAAUUCCAAAUCUACCCUGUGGGGUUCGUUAAAAACCAAUGAAUGGGGGGAUCUGAUAGAGGAGUGGGCUGCGGAAACAGAUAUGAGGCUAGUUAAUUUAGGAGUGAGCCCCACAUGCAUCAGGCCACAAGAUACGUCUAUUAUUGACCUUACCUGGGUCUCAGCAGACUUAACGAGAUGUACAGAGGAUACACAUAUUAAGGAGAAUACUCCAGCACUGGAAUAUGAGGAAUGGAUUAGCAAAGCGUUAGUUGAAGCCUGUGAUCUAACGGCACCGAGAUCUAAACCUAUAGCUGGUAGGAAACAAGUUUACUGGUGGGCAGACACGAUUGCAGAGCUUAGGAGAGAGUCAGUUAGGAAGCGUAGGGCCUGGAUGAGGUAUAGACGUAGGAAACACCCUCAGGCAGAAGAGUUGGCUAGAUCUGAAACAGAAUAUAGAUUGGCUAAGAAGAAUUUAAGGCUCGAAAUUAAUAAAGCUAAGUCUAAUGCGUGGAGUGAAUUGAUCGCUACAAUUGAGAAGGAUCCCUGGGGACUCCCGUAUAAGCUUGUAAUGAGACGUCUUAGGAGUUCCACCCCAAGCAUCACAGAAUCCCUAGAUGAAAAUUCUUUAAAGUCACUGUUGAAGUCAUUAUUCCCUGAUGCGGAGCCAGUUGUACCGUGCAACUGGGAGGAAUUCCAAUGGAAUGAGGAGAUGGAAGUUACCCCUGCGGAAGUUCAUCAAGUGCUAAAGAGAAGUGGAAUUAGUAAUACAGCACCGGGCCCGGAUGGAGGAGAGGUUUUGUCCGGUAUUCCUAAAGCGCGGCCCAUAUGCCUGUUAAGUGAGGUAGGAAAGGCAUUCGAGCGGAUUCUAGCAAAUAGGAUUAAGGAUUGGUUAAGAGAAAACCCUAGUGCGCAGCUCUCAGAGAACCAAUACGGGUUCGGAGAAAACAGGUCAACGUGCGAUGCGCUUAUUAGAGUUAAGAAGGCGGUUAAAGAUGCGACAAGGGAGAAUCAAGAAGGCGGAAGAAAUAGAUCUAGAGCAAUGGUAGCAGGGGUCCCACAGGGAUCGGUCCUGGGCCCCAUCCUGUGGAAUAUUGCUUAUAAUAAUGUUCUGCAGGAGGGGUCUGAGUAUGGAUGUCAGACUUUGUGCUAUGCUGAUGACACCUUAAUAUUAGCAGUAGGAGAUACAUUGAAUCGCGCGGUAUCAAGAACGAAUUUACAGAUAGGCUUGAUCCUUAAUAGGAUCAAGAGAUUAGGUCUUAGUGUCAGCUAG